UUUUUCUGCUGUGGGUGUUGCCAAGCAGGACGUUGGCGGCUACGCUCCCCUGCAUCUGUGAUUGAGGCUCCAACGGUUCGUGGGAAAGCUGUACAGAGGGAAUUGUACACGCACCAGUCAAGUCUACCUGGACGCGCACCCAUCCACGGAUACGUUCAUAUAGACAUAGCGUGUGUAUGACCAUGAUGAGGCCUUGUGAGGAUAGUACUUCUGACAGCGACAUGGAUGAAACUAUUGAUGUCGGCAGUGAGAAUAAUUAUUCUGGGUAAGUUCAUAAAGAUUUGGGGUAAAUAUUGGGUAGAUACAGUAUGUCACAAAUUGGUUAGGCAACAUUUUUCUGCGUGUGCACCACAGAGGGCAAAAAUGAUUAAACUUUUAAGUUGAGUAAAGUUUAUCAAAUGUGCAUGCCGAAAAAGUUUCACUCUGGUGUAAACCUUCAGGUGACAAGUGCAAAUCACCUUGAUGUGUGGUUCAUGAGCCAUGCAGGCAAUUUUGGAGAAUUCUCUUUAAGGUAUUUUAAAUACAGGAUUAAUGGUGUUAUCAAAAUAUGCAUUGAUGCAUAAAUUACACAAAGUAAACUGUGUGGUUUUGGAUAAUUGCUCAUCCAUAACAAAAAUAAAACAUUCUGUUUAGUAAAAUGAAUAUAUAUAUAUAUAUUUUGUUUGUCCCAUGCAGGCACAGCAAUGGAUCAUUUAUUAGAUGUGGCUCCCCAACAACAACAACCCAAGUUAUGGCAAGAAAAAAACGAAGAGGGGUAAUUAUUUAUGUAGUCGUUUAUCAUCAUCAUUAUUAUUAUGUAUUACUUAUUAUUCAAUAAUGUAGUUUAAUUUAGUUGAUUAAUUCGACUAUUUUAAAAACGAGCACACAUAAGACUUGAAAAAGACACAUGCACAUGAGUAAAAUCAUCGCGGAUAAUACACAAUAAAGUCUGGGACUUAUUUAUAUUGUAUCCUUUUAUUCAAUUGUAGUCCUCUUUAUUGUGUAUUACUUAUUAUUUAAACAUGUAUUUAAUUAUUGUUGCGUUAUUGUUAAAAGUAUUAUUAUUAGGCCUUGUAUUGUUAUAUUUCAAAGUAUGCAAUAAAAUAUUUGUCUAUCGUAGAUCAUCGAGAAAAGAAGGAGGGAUCGAAUCAAUAAUAGUUUAUCAGAGUUACGUCGACUUGUCCCAACUGCAUUUGAAAAACAAGUGAGUUGAAAUUAUAUCCUCUCUCAUUUCUAAAAGGAACUUACACAAAAGUUUCAUUUUCAUCAAAACAGUUAUGACAGUUUGUGGGUCAUUUUCAUUGAUAGUUAUGAGAGUUCUAAGCCUCAUACAUCCUAUUGCUCCUUGCAGGGUUCAGCCAAAUUAGAGAAGGCAGAAAUAUUGCAGAUGACAGUGGAUCACCUAAAGAUGCUGCAGGCCACUGGCGGUAAAGGUAAGGAGUUCACUGGUUGCAUCUCUCUGCUCUCUGCCUUACUGUGUAGUGAAAUCUGAGCAAGCAGUCCCCUUUGACAAGAUUGAAGGAGUGGAAAUCAAUGCUAAUGGUAGGUUUGAACUUGUGGAAAAGCGCUGCUCGGACUAAAGGAGCACUUGACCCUGGGAUUGUGUUUGCUUUCAUAAAUCCGUGGGAGGGGAGAAGGCUGCAUUCAUAGGUUGCCCUGUCGGGGGUUUGUUUGGGGUUUCCAGCAAGUGUAAAAACGGGUGAGACAAAACAAACACAUCCCAGCACAAACACAUCCCAGCACAAUCCCAGACUGUUAAGGUUAUGCCUGGAGGCACAGCCGGAGCCCUAAUGGUCAGCCUGGGAGACCAGCGUGUAUCCAUCCCACACCAUUUAGUAAUCACUCCCAUCAGUAGCUGCUGGCUACAUUACAGAUCCUUAGAGAGACUGCCAGUAUUUAUAGGUGCUUGGCAUUCAUAAUAUCUCUCUCUCUCUCUCUCUCUCUCUCUCUCUCUCUCUCUCUCUCUCUCUCUCUCUCUCUCUCUCUCUCUCUCUCUCUCUCUCUCUCUCUCUCUCUCUCUCUCUCUCUCGCUCUCUCGCUCUCUCGCUCUCUCUCUCUCUCGCUCUCUCGCUCUCUCGCUCUCUCGCUCUCUCGCUCUCUCUCUCUCUCGCUCUCUCUAGGGUACUUUGAUGCCCACUCCCUGGCCAUGGACUUCAUGAGUGUGGGGUUCAGGGAGUGUCUGACGGAGGUGGCCAGAUACCUGAGCUCUGUGGAGGGAUUAGACAGCAGCGACCCCCUGCGUGUACGCCUGGUCUCCCACCUCAGCACCUGCGCAUCCCAGAGGGAGGCGGCUGCCAUGACCUCAUCUAUGACACACCACCAGCAGGCUCUCCACCCUCACCACUGGGCCGCCGCCUUCCACCCCUUCCCCACCGCCUUCCUCCAGCAGAAUGGACUGCCCUCCUCAGACAACGCCGCCAGCAGACUGUCUGUGGAGGUGCCCCAGCGCGGCUCAGCCCUCCUAACGGCCACCUUCUCCCAUACCGACUCCUCUCACAGGGCGCCCUCUAAUGGCAGCGUGGCUCCCUGCGUCCCCCCGCUCUCCACCUCCCUCCUGUCGCUAUCGGCUACUGUUCACGCCGCGGCAGCUGCUGCUGCGGCCCAGACUUUUCCCCUGUCAUUCCCUGGAGGAUUCCCCAUCUUCACACCUCACAGUGUGAGCAGCACAGCGUCUAUGGUAGCUUCAGCUGUGAGCCCCUCCAUAUCCACCUCAUCCACCUCACAGCAGAGCAGAGACCGAGAGAGCAGCAGCAGCAAACCGUACAGACCUUGGGGAACAGAAGUAGGAGCCUUUUAAGUGUUUGACUUUUCGAAGGUCUCAGGGUGGCUAGAGGACUUCCACACUUUGAAGAUAAAGGAACAAUACUGUUUUAUUAACUAUGGCUUGUUUUUUUUGGUGUCCAUGGACUUUUAUUCCACCAGCUUAUUUCAUGUCUGACUGUGUGCAGAUUCAGAG